AUCACGCAGCAGCUGCUCACACCGUUGCGGUUGACGGUAGUGUACGCGAGUGUUAUAGGCCAAUCAAACAUUUUGCGCGUGCUACAGAUUCGCAUAAAAAAAGAGUAAGAAUUCUUCGGGGAAAACCUUUGUUAUCGCUUCAUCAUGGAAUUAUCGCCGUUGAAGCCGCUGCUCGCUCUGGCGCUUUUGGUGUGUUUUGUUGGCGCUGUAAACGGUCGAAGCUGUCCCUGGGGGAAAGGCGUCUGCGUUCAGAAUCGGUACUGCCGAAGGACGACGCGCCACACACACAAGUGUGUGCUGGAGAAUGGCAAGCACGGAAUUUGUUGCGAUAGGGAUCAAAUUACCCUGGGCAAAACCUGUACUACGUCUACGAGGGUUUCGGGUUUGUGCAUGGCGGAAGACCAGUGCGGAGGCUACACGAGGGACUUUCUGUUCGAAAUUCCGGAUGAUGAUAGCUGGAGGCGCUCAUCAAAUGUGUGCUUCGAAGAUGAGCAAACGAAAUACUACUGCUGUCCAAGAAACUUACAGAGGAAUAUAACAUUGGAUCAUUCACCGAGGCAAGUUAAACCAUUGGAAAACGCAUUUCCUAGCUGCACACGAGCAGAUAAUGUAUCCGGCCGUUGCGUACCAAUGAGCCUUUGCGAUAGAUUUGGUGACCUCGUGCUAGAUAGAAACCCAAACUUCAAGUACAACGGAUCUCUUCCGGACGCUUACAAAUGUCCUUCGGAUACCUCCGACAGCACUUCCAUGUGUUGUGCCCAUCCGGAAACGCCUCACGGUUUGAUCAGAUACGCGAAGGCCUGGAAGCUACGUCUGGACAAAUGUGGCCUGAUUGGGAUGCCGCAUCGAGUGCUGGCCGGUGAAGAAGCUGACGUCGGGGAGUUUCCAUGGAUGGCCAAUCUGAUGUUUUUUUGGUUGAAAAAUUCAAAAUCUAUAAAAACAACGGUCUGCAGCGGUACGUUGAUCCACGCUCAGUACGUUCUGACGGCUGCGCAUUGUUUUAAACUAGAAUUUAAGCCCACUUUUGUCCGACUGGGAGAACAUGACCUGAGUAGAGAAAAAGACUGCGUAGAAAAUGAAUGCGUUGAGUACAUUGAAUAUGUGAUCAAAAACUGGGUCGCGCAUGAAAAGUAUAGGGGAUUGAAAGGACAGUAUGACAUAGCCUUGGUUCACUUGAAUGGCACGGCGGAGAUCAUUGUGGAUCGAAUCUACCCGAUUUGUCUGCCCGUAACGACUCAGUGGUUGAUGAUGAAGCCCUCUGAUCUGAUUGCGUCAGGCUGGGGUCUUACGGAGAGUGGACGGUAUCCGGAUGUCCUGAGGUUUACCACCAUGCACACUUUGAAGGACCGGCCGUACUAUUGUAAGAAAGAGCAAAUGAUUUGCGCACGUGGAUCCAAAGGGGAAACACAUUGUAGAGGUGACUCCGGAGGACCCUUGCAACGGGCUGUUCCCUACGGGGAUCGGUACCGAAUGGUACUUUUUGGAGUGAUCUCUGGAGGAGUAAACGAGUGCAGUGUGGAAGACAAAAGUGUGGGAGUGUCGGUUUCGGUGGCAUAUCAUAUUAAGUGGAUAUUGGAUAACAUGGACAUUUAGUUUCAUAUGGAAAUUGAGUUAAAUACACGACCGUAUAAGAACUAAGCGUUAACUGAUUACAUGCUUACUUUAAGUUCUGGGCGCUCAUGGUGGUGCAGAGGGCCGAAUUGAAAGAUCUCUAUCCUGUGCGAUUACCAGGACAAAUUUUUGUCGACUUCCUUCAUUUCCAUGUAGAGGGUUUGCCUCUGAUGUGAAAUUCUGUUGUGUUCCAAUCUAACGCUCGCUUGCCGACACACCUCCACGGUUGCAGUCGAAUUUCUGUUGCUAUCGGCUCUAGAUGACAUCGACGCUAGAGAUCCAAGUGUGAGGCCACCAUGCCCGAAUUAUAAACCGCCGGCAUCUAUUGAUGAAGACCUGCAGCUGUUGGAUGUUCUCCACUGACAACACACCAUGUUUCACGGGCGUACAGCAGCACCCAUUUCACGUUCGGGUUAGAAAUUAGGAUUUGGGUGCGUCGACUAAUCUGGUCGUUUCACCCUACAUUUCUUAAGCUCGCAAAAGCAGCCCUCGCCUUCGUGAUGCGUACACCUAUAUCGAACUUGUUGCCGCCAUCGGU